CAAGAUCAAAUUACGGAUCUAAUGUUAUAUUCAAAACGUAUACUAGUCAUUUAGCCUGAACUUAUAGGCCCAUUUGAUUCAUAUGGUAGAAAUAUGUUCAGAUGGUUUGUUUGGCUAAAUAACCGGGUACGACUGCUAAGACUUAUGGCUUAUCGUCCUAACGGUAUCAGAUCCAUUUAAUCGAAAAAGUUAGAAAUUUCCUGAAUAGAUUAGCAAACUUGGAAGAUAUACAGCAAGAGAUAAGGCAAACUGUGGUAUCCUAAGACUCUUCUCGUACGUGUACCCUUUGACUCGAUGGUGGCACUAAUCAACUUCUCAAAGAGCUACCAAAUUAAUGGACUCGGAUCCCCUUGUGGAUCUGUAAGGUACAUCACCCCUGCAAUUGUAUACAUACAUAAUGUAUAAUAUACUUCUAGUAUAUAGGUACACUUGUGCGUGCGUAUACAUUACGUAUUUAACGCGCGUGUCUCUGCCUCAACUCUUCAACCUAGUUUUUUUUUUUACAAUGCACUAGCUAGUUCCACCGAGAGGUAAGAAACCUAUCCUUCAAAAAUGGCAACGCCCUAGGAUAGAUUAAAUGGUAUACGUGAUAUGUAACGGGUAGGUUAGAUAAUAAAUCUUAUCAAAUAUACAUUGCAGAAACCCAUUGAUCUCUGUGAUAGGAGUACGUUUUACGUAUAUAGCUCCGAUAAGCAGAUAUUGUAUAUACCUAAACAUUUUUGCUUGUAUUUCUUGGAAGCAUGUUGUAUCAAUACAAAAAUAUAGAGAAGGAAAAUAUAAAUGUUCUUAUAGCGUGUGACUGCAAAAUGUAACGAAUUUGAAAAUGGGUUUUCCUUGGAGUUGCAAUAUUGAUAAUUAUUCUUUUUUUUUAAUCUUCAAUUUCGGAGGGAAUAACAUCCGUGCGGAAUAUAUUUCAUUUCUCUGAUCUACGGACGUUGAUCAAAUAAUCUGUUUACAUGGUACACAUAAGAGAAGCUGCUUAAUUCAUCCUAAAUCAUCAAACGUGAUAUUACGAUUUUUGCCCAAGCAGAAAACGAGAACGAGAUGUCCCUUCGCUCAGUCAAUAAUACGUGAACAAAAAUCGGGCAGGAGGUUCGAUCGAUGUCGUAACCUAGGAAAAAAGCCACGAGGCAAUUUUCACGCGAUGCGUGACCGACUACCGAGUUCAGUCGGGUACAAUCUAGGAAACGACGAAAUUGGGCUGUAGAAUUAUUCGAUAGUGUUAGAAAAUUUCUGAUUUCGGAUCCAUCUAUACGCGUAUCUAUAUAGAAACUGAAUUGUAUUAUAUACACACAUAUAUAUAUAUACCUAAUAAACUAUGCAAAAGCACAUAUAGGCACAACAGUAUAGUAUGAAUUAGCCGACAAAUGAUGAGUGUCUCUUAUCACGUUCUGGUGGGGUCGCUGCAAACGUUGGGACGCCGAGCGUCGUUGUUAGGCGGCGCCAAUCGCGUCGGUACCCGUCGCCCUGACGAGUCGUCGUCGUGGUCGUGUGGCGUCGCGUCGCCGUCUCAGCGACGUAGCAGUGGAACGACGCUGGCCGUAGUGGCGUGGUGGUAGUCCACGACGGUUAUUCAACUAGCUAUAUCACCGGCCAACGUACGUCCAAUUGAGUAAAGACACUCAAAGAGAAAUAAUAAAGGAUCUGAAGAAGAUAUGGAGUGGAGCCUUGUGAAUUUGUGGGAUUCAAGUGAGAACGUUCAGUGCAUGGGACACGUGCGUGUUACGCGGGAUGUUUAGAUUGUAGUGCGACGGCGUCGACAUUCCUUUUUAUUAUCGGCUAGUACUCGAGCGCACGUUUGAAGAUUUUCCAUUAGACAAAACCAUAAGCCUACGAAUGAUCGAGACUAAGUAAACUGAUUGUUUUCAUUAUCUAAUAAAAUAGGGGACCUCAUGGAAGUUGGUAAAAUCGGUACAAGCCAAAAUAAAAAAAAGCAAAGUUUUUCCUAUAAAAGUAACGGAUAAUCAAAUGAAUACACAAAGCAUAUAUUUCGCGUGAUGCCGAAGGGACAUUCGUGCCUAAACAUAUUAAAGACGACCUGAAGAUACGGCCUUUAAAAAUCAGUGGCUUAAGUAUAAAAAAUAAUAAGAAAUAAUAAAAGUGAGAGAAAAAAUACAAAAAGAAUAGUUACGAGUCAUGGAAGGAUCGGCAGUGCCGCACCUAGAGCAAGCAGCUUCAGCCGCCUGCACAAUGGCUACAAAUUUUCUAGCACCGGUCAAAACCGAACAACAAAUAUAUGAGAAUUCUAUGCUCGAGGAUGACCCUAAUGCGAAUUCUGUGGUACCCACUUCGUCGGAGGACAGGACUGUACCUAGAUGGGGCCCUACUCAUAAAGGGGCCCAGGAAUUGGCAAAUCUCUACAGCACUGGAAAAAGGACGCAGGAGUGUAUCUGCGUGGGAAUCUGCAUAACGUUGAUGGCGCUCAAUUUCGUGUUCAUUGUCGUAAGACUAAGGCUCGAGAAUUUGAGUUCGAUAGCCAUCGCUGCGUUGUGCGGCAUCAUUACAGCUGAUUUUGGAUCCGGCUUGGUACACUGGGCUGCGGACACAUGGGGAUCCGUGGAAUUACCUAUUAUUGGGAAAAACUUUUUGAGACCAUUCCGAGAGCAUCAUAUAGAUCCAACGAGUAUCACCAGGCACGACUUUAUUGAGACAAAUGGUGACAAUUUUAUGGUGACCAUACCGUUUCUAUGUAAACUUACCUGGGACUUUCUUGUGCUACCUGAGUCUGACGUACAGCAGAAAUUCCUCUGGACGUGUUAUUGGUUCCUCUUAGCCAUCUUUGUGGCGAUGACCAAUCAGAUUCACAAGUGGUCCCACACGUAUUUCGGUCUACCAGGCUGGGUGGUUUGGCUCCAGGAACACAGGAUCAUCCUACCUAGGAGACAUCAUCGGGUGCAUCACGUUGCGCCUCAUGAAACGUACUUUUGUAUAACCACUGGAUGGCUCAAUUGGCCUUUAGAGAAGCUGUGCUUCUGGUCCAUCCUGGAGACGAUCAUCGAGAAGUCCAUAGGCUGCAAACCAAGGGCGGACGAUAUGAAAUGGGCACAGAAACGAUCUUGAGAGUCGGUACGAGUUCUUGUACAGUUAUACUCUGUGCCGGUGAUCUAGAAAGAUCAAUGGAUCUAUCAAUUCGGAAUGUACUUUAGAUCCGAUGAUCAAGGCGUGAUCUCAUCUGCUUGGAUCAUUUUAUUAUUAUAUAUUUUAAAUAUCAAGGCAAAGGGUUUACACUUCCGUGAUGCAAUGCCGUACUGAACAAGAUGAUAGGACCGACUCUUCGUGAUCGAUUAGAUAAAUAUUGCCUACGAAAAGAUAGUUAAUCACGGGCAAUAAUUAUCUUUUAUUAUUAAUAUCGCGAGGCUUUUUCGCGUGAUAUCAUUAUUUUCUUUGGCAUGAGGACUGUAUUAUUUGUUGAGCCGAAUGCUUUUAAACUUUACACGUUUGUAAUACCGCUGCGCAAUAAUGUAAUCUAAGGCACAACAAUGAAGACUCGCGUGUUUAUGUAUUUGUUACUUUGGUCGAAAUGUCAGAUGUGAUAUCGCAUACAGGCAAUCUGACGAAUUUAUCACGAGAGAUGUGUGUAAAGUGAAUUGAACGAGUUUCACACGAAGUUUCGACUCUCCGAGCCUUUGAAGGAAAGUGAGAUUAAGCAAGAUGCAUUAAGAGAGAUACUGUAUGGACCUCAAUGAAAUCUUUGAAAAGAGAAACAACCUACGUUAGCCUGGGCUAAAAAAAGAAUUACUGGCCUUAAGUGCAGGAAGAGAGUAGGAGAGAACAAAUAACGAAUAAGAAUAAAAUUAUAGUAUUAAUUUAAAGAGAGAACUCACGAGAUAUCUGAGAUAUAUCGAAAAUAUUUAUAAACAUAUUUCCGACGACAGAUUAAAUAAUGUUAACGUUGACGUGUAACUAAAGCAUAUAUAUAUAUAUGAUUUAUAUUGCUAUAUAAAAAAUGAUUAACUAUUUCACACACAAUCAUUUGCACAAUAAGUCUAUAGAUAGAGAAUUAUAAAUAUUGACAAAUUACUAUAAACGUCGACUUGGAAAUUUAUUGAGUCGAUUAAUGAACACUUUGCUGACCAGUUAUUUUAAGCCAAAACUAUAUCGUGCAGCCGAGAUCUAUAUUUCUUUCGAGCCAAAAUUUGCAUAAACUGAUGUAAAUGCAAACACGAGUGACUGGUCAGCAAUAUGUUAAAUUGCCCGCAAACGAGCCUAAACGCGCUUCAGUUAUUUACAAAAUAACGUUCCCUGUACCGGCAUGAAAUUUUAAAGCAAUUGCCAUACACAAUGUCAUAUGAAAAUCGAAUUCGCACACGUGGGCCCUAAGCGCUUUUAAUACACGCAAUGGUAUGGAUUUCCUUUCCAGUUCUUACACGGAAAUAAUAAGAGAAUAAUCGCGAGCGAGAGACAAAGAACGUAGUUCCUUGAAGUCGAAUAAGUGCGAAAAUCAUAAUUUUUUCAUUUUAUCACACGUAGAAAGAAUCCGAUCAUUUUUCAAAUCUCGAACCAUUUAAAAACUGUGAAUCUACGUCACUGUAACCUAAGACUAAGACUUACAGGGAAGCGUACCGAUAAAGCGCAAUAUAGUAAAUACAAAAUAAAUCAUAAAAAUUCUAUUAAGAUCAUUCACGUGCAUUAGGUAUACGUUAUUUAAUGAUAAUAUACCAAUUAUUAUCGGUCACACUUCCCCUAUACUCUUAUCUCGUAAGAAUGAGAUUACGAAGAAUGUAAAACUUAUGUGCUAAGUGCAAGUACAAGUUUUAGGUUCAGGGACCAAAAUAAAAAGGAAAAGGGCCUAUUGCUCGACGUGACAGUUUUUCGAUUUGAAAUGUGUGACUCCAAAUAUCGUAUACCUAUUGAAAUAUCGUAUGUACUCGAAUGAUUCGAUAUUUUUAUUCAUUUUUAAAGAACAAUAAUUUUAUUCAUUUUAUAUUUAUCUCAUUCAGUGACAUCUUUCAGAGCGACAUAUAUCCGAAAUCGCUUAGGUACUCUGGUAGUCUGUGAACAAAUAUUUAUGUGCGCUGUUACAAAAAUUAUAUAUUUAUUUUUUAACAACGGUCUACGUCACGCGAAUUCGAGUAUAAGCGUUAUGCAUGCAACUUCGUACACUUUGAAAAGUGGUCGCACGGUGCAAGGUAUGAUCCUCGCAAGCAAGUCAGUAAUAAUGUCUUUUUUUUUAAUGAAUUACUAUAUUAAUACAUACAGUGUCUGUAAAACGUUACGGCCAUUAUUAGUCGAUUAUUACUGUUGUUGUUAUUACUUAGUAUAGUAAAUCUUUAAGUGAACAUCUUCGAACGUGUGAUGAUUGCGAAUACGUGAGUGUGACAUUUUUUUUACACUAUGCUUUUUAUACAUAUAAUGUAUAUGCGUUAUACCGAAUGGGGGUUUUUAAAUAUGAAAUUAUGUAGCAAACUCUUAUUGGCGUGAGCAUAGCGUAAUCAAAAUGAGUAAUGCUAGAGAGAAUAUAGAUAUAUAGAAAGGCGUGUUGUGCUAGUCGAGCAGUCAAAACUUCAUUUUCUGUGCUAGCAUUACUUUUUGUUUUUUCAUACAAAUUUUGAAAUUUUUGUGGCAACAAUUAUAUGCCUCUUAGGCUGCGAACUUUGUUAGUACACUUUUUUUAAAAGCUCGGCGAUCGGCUGGAGCCGCAAAAUCGGAAGAGGCUGAGAAAGGCUGUGAAAUAAUCAAAAAUAUGGGAAAAAAUAUAAAAAUAAACGCGCUAACGCCAGUUACUUAAUUUUUUUUUGUACGAAUUGUAUAAAAUUGAAUUUUCUAUAUAACCACUCACGGUCCAUACAUAGUCUCAUAAAAUCGUAUAACGUAAGCAAGCAAUUCAUUAACUUCUACUGUAAACAGAAAAUGGUCGAUUUUGACUGCUUCAUAUAAUUAGGUGCGUAACUAUAUGUAUAUAUCCGUAAGGAUGUCGUUUGAAAAAUUCCUUAAGAUAAAUCAUGUAAAGAGAGUAAAAGAGAGAGAGAGAAAGAGAGAGAUAGGGUGUGAAACUAGACUAAGGAACGAAAUGGAGAGAGAACGAGCGUGAAAAUUACAGUAAUAGAACCCAGAGAGACACAGUUAAUAGAACAAAGUUUUGGAGCAAACAGAUUUUCCUGGAGACACACUUCCGCGUCAACUGUGGCGAUUGUGUCCUGAGCAUUGGCCGCUCUUGAAAAA